GAGCCGUGCCUGUGACAGUUGGCGGUGGCCAAUACAGGCUCGUCUUAUGCAUAGACUUUCGCGUGGACGCCGGGGUGUUCACUUUGGUUGGAAUGAGUCCCUUCAACCAGAUUACGAAGACGUUUCUGUGGUUGGAGGACCGCACAUGCAUCGCUGGCGAGGCUGCGGUGUGCUUUGCUGGUGGCUUCUCGGGACAUCAAUUGUCCGCCAAUGACAGGUCAAACUGGAUUGAGACGGGCGUGCCGAUCAACCGCGAGAACUCCAGCGUGCAGGCUGGUUCUUUGAGCGCACCACCGUCCAAGGAGGAGUCUACAGGCAACGUCGCUGGGUUCGAUGUUGGCGGGCUGUUCUUGCUCGGUCCAUCUCCACUAGAGCAGCACAGGACCUGCAUCAGUGGACAGUCCUGUCCGAUGAGUGAUUUGCAGGGCUUUGCAAUGCCACUGGAGAGCCAGGUGGUUGUCUUGGACACCUGUGGCCUGAGCGCAGCCCUGCCGCUUUCCACGCCCGUCCCCGCUGCAUUGGAUGGCCGCGACCAGUUCGUUGCCAAGCUGCUGGCCCACCAUGCAAGCUGGUGGUCAGUACCGACUUUGCUGGUGCAGUGGCACUUUGAGGCCCGGGGAUCGCUUCUUGGUGUUGGAGACCUGUGGAUCGCUUACAACCUUACCCAGAUUCCCUUCAUCAG